AUUUGGGAAGCAAUUUAACGGGGCAGGCGGAGUUUUAUGUUAUUGUGGACAUUAUGAUAGAAGCGAGCUGCGAUGUCUAUAGACGAUUAACUAUUGGACGGAAUGGACCAAGUCAGUAUAGUGUACAUCAAAAAUGACUUUUCUGUUUAUAUGCAUUUGCAGAUUUCACGUAUAAUGUUGCUUUCAUGGAAACAGCACUAAUAAUGUACUUUAUACUACGCUUUCUUAUGGAUGUUAUCAAAGUUUUGGACAAUUCGCACCAAAGCUAGUUGCAAUAAUUGCCUCACAAAAUACAUUCUUUUGACGAAUUUUAGCGAGUGGAUACACUGCAAGAAUGGACGCGGGAAGCGAUGUAUCAACUUUGGUUUCUUCCGGUACUGAUAAUGCCCCAAAACAUCUUUGGAGGCAACAGAACCCGGUUCCUCUUCAAAUCCAAAACUCUCUCGGCUCGCGCAAGAACUUCCGAGUGAGACAGAGAGGGUUUUCCGACACGGAAAAGUACCUGAAUCCCAGAAACAUGGACCGGACAUAUGCCGUGGACACCGGUAACCGUCCCGGUUUGAAAAAAUCCAGAAUGUCAUGGCCAUCAUCCUUUCAAGGACUUAAACGCUUUGAUGUGGACAAUGGCACAUCAUCAGGACGUAGUCCGCUGGAUCCCAUGGCCAGCCCGGGGUCAGGUCUCAUCCUCCAGGCCAACUUUGUGCACAGCCAGAGGAGAGAGUCCUUCCUGUACCGCUCUGACAGUGACUAUGACCUCUCACCAAAGUCUAUGUCCAGAAACUCCUCCAUCGCCAGUGACAUACAUGGGGAUGACAUGAUUGUUACCCCUUUUGCACAGGUUCUGGCGAGUUUAAGGACUGUCCGGAAUAAUUUUGCUGCUUUAACAAAUGUACAACAGGAAAGGGCCAGUAACAAAUCCCCCAUUGGCACCCCAGCCCUAUCUGACUCCUUGCCUCCUUCUCUUCCUCCAGAGGAGGCCUACCAGAAGCUGGCCACAGAGACCCUGGAGGAGCUGGACUGGUGCCUCGACCAGCUUGAGACCCUACAGACCAGGCAUUCGGUCAGCGAGAUGGCAUCCAACAAGUUCAAGAGGAUGUUGAACAGAGAACUGACUCACCUCUCAGAGAUGAGCCGAUCUGGUAACCAGGUAUCUGAGUUCAUCUCCAGUACAUUCUUAGACAAGCAACACGAGGUGGAAAUGCCAUCACCCCAGUCCCAAAAAGACAAGGAGAAGAAGAAAAGGCCGAUGUCCCAGAUUAGCGGCGUAAAAAAACUAACGCACAGUUCCAGCCUUACCAACUGUAACAUCCCCCGGUUUGGGGUCAAAACUGAAACAGAAGAUGAGCUGGCCAAGGAGCUUGAAGAUGUAAAUAAAUGGGGCCUUAAUGUCUUCAAAGUGUCAGAAUUUUCUGGGAACAGACCUUUAACGGUUAUGAUGCACACAAUAUUCCAGGAGAGGGACUUGUUAAAGACAUUUAAAAUUCCCCUCGACACGUUUAUCACCUAUUUGAUGACUUUAGAGGACCAUUACCAUGCUGACGUUGCCUAUCACAACAACAUCCACGCUGCUGAUGUCACACAGUCCACUCACGUCCUGCUAUCAACCCCUGCCCUUGAGGCUGUGUUUACAGACCUUGAAAUUCUUGCUGCCAUAUUUGCCAGUGCGAUACAUGAUGUCGAUCAUCCUGGCGUCUCCAACCAGUUCCUCAUUAACACUAACUCUGAGCUGGCCCUCAUGUAUAAUGAUUCGUCUGUGUUGGAGAAUCAUCACCUGGCUGUAGGUUUUAAACUGCUGCAGGAAGAGAACUGUGACAUCUUCCAGAACCUGAACAAGAAACAGAGACAGUCACUCCGCAAGAUGGUCAUUGACAUUGUUUUGGCCACAGACAUGUCUAAGCACAUGAAUUUGUUGGCGGAUCUGAAAACCAUGGUGGAAACCAAAAAGGUGACCAGUUCAGGGGUAUUACUGCUGGACAACUACUCCGACAGGAUACAGGUCUUGCAGAACAUGGUGCACUGUGCAGACCUCAGUAACCCCACCAAGCCACUGCAGCUGUACAGGCAGUGGACGGACCGCAUCAUGGAAGAGUUCUUCAGCCAGGGCGACAGAGAGCGGGAGCGAGGCAUGGAGAUCAGUCCCAUGUGCGACAAGCACAACGCUUCAGUCGAGAAGUCACAGGUGGGCUUCAUCGAUUACAUUGUGCACCCACUGUGGGAGACAUGGGCCGACCUCGUGCAUCCAGAUGCCCAAGACAUCCUGGACACGCUGGAGGACAACAGAGAGUGGUACCAGAGCACCAUCCCCCAGAGCCCCUCUCCAGCACUGGACACCAACAGCGAGGGCAGACGCGCCACCGGCCAGGAGAAGUUCCAGUUUGAACUGACUCUGGAGGAGGACGGAGAAUCCGACACAGAGAAGGACAGCGGCAGCCCUCCUGAUGAAGAGGAGGAGGAGGAGGAGGAGGAGGAGGAGGAGGAGGAAGAGGAGGAAAACAGCUGCAGUGACUCCAAAACCCUUUGCACACAGGACUCCGAAUGUACAGAGAUCCCCCUGGACGAGCAAGUGGGGGACGGACAGGAGGAUGAGGAGGACGAGGAGGACGAAAACGAGGAGGAACAGGAAUUAUCAGAACCCUGUGUUUUAGAGGAGGAGGAGGAGGAGGAAGACGACAACACUGCCAACACAUAACACAGUAUGAAACGGCACCUGAACUUUUUUAUAUUAGAGAUGAGAAACACUUAUUUAUGGUUAAGAUAUUACUUUUUUCAUUGUCUAUUUUGCAUACGUCAUUCAGAAGUGCUUUUUAAUGUCCGCCUUUAACAUGUUUUUCUUUUUCAUUCCUCACUCUUUUUUUGAGUUUCAACCAUUGUUACACUCAGGAAUAUCUUUUCCACUCCCACCUGUCAGUCAUACAAACAAAUGAAACAAAUGAAAGGUUAAAAAGCUUGUCUUUUAUUCCCGGUUUCGAGGUACUUUUUUUUUUUUUUUGAAUGAAGCAGUAUUUUAGAAACAUUAAACUUAGAAAGCAGCUGUUUUUUCACCAACAAGAAACUAUUUUUUCCUGCAAUUCGAAGCAUUUUAGCAGACAAACACUUUAGGAGUGAAUACUUCAUGCUUUGAACUUCACGUCUUCCUGAUGCCUUGAAUGUGUUAUUGAUCUGGAUUUAGUUGUCUGUUGUGUUUGUGUAUCAAGGAUUAUUUGAAGUGAAUGGACAUGGUACCUAAGUGAAAAAACAAACAUGUGAGACUAUUUUCACACUGAAAAUGCACAUUUUCAUUUAAAUUACCAUAUUUGGGGGUAAAUAUGCAAAUGUGGUAAAAAUGUGGCACAUCUCUUUUUUUUUUUUUUUUUGGACCUUUAUUUGUUGCACCCAAUCUAGAUCUGAAAAUAAUUGAUUUAAAUGGAUAGUUCACCCAAAAAGUGAUCAUUUUAUAAUUUACUCCCCUCAAGUUGUUCCAAACCUGUAUGAAUUUCUUUGUUCUGCUGAACACAAAAGAAGAUAUUUGGAAGAAUGUUUGUAACCAAUCAGAUCUCGCCCCCCAUUGACUACCAUAGUAGGAAAGAAAAAUACAAUGGUAGUCAAUGGGGGGUGAGAUCUACUUGGUUACAAACAUUCUUCCAAAUAUCUUCUUUUGUGUUCAGCAGAACAAAAAAAUUAAUACAGGUUUGGAACAACUUAAGGGUGAGUAAAUGAUGACAGAAUUUUCAUUUUUGGGUGAACUAUCCCUUUAAAUGAAUACAUAAGUUCAAACAUGUCUCCACAGUUUGAUAAUACAUGGCCAUAUUUCAAAAUUGUAUUCCCCCAAGAACAAAAUCUCAUGAUUUUGUUAUAAAACAAUAGCUUGAAUAAGCCUUAAAUAUUUUUGGUGCCUACCAAAAAUGUACAAAAACAUGCUAGUAAUGGUGUAAAAUUAUUUCUGGGUAUCAAUUUAUGCAUUAACAAUAAGAUUUUAUAUUGUAAUUAAAUAAUAAUGCUGUUAAUAAUAAUAAUAAUAAUAUUCCAGGGCAUCAGUUCAUACAUAAGAAUAAAUUAUUAUUAUUAUAAUUAAAUAAUAAUGCUAUUAAUAAGAACAAUAAUAUUAAUAAGAAGAAGAAGAAGAAUCAUUAUUAUUAUUAUUGUUAAUAAUAGCAUUAUUAUUUAAUAAUAAUAAUAAUUUAUUCUUAUGUAUAAACUGAUGUCCAGGAUGAUGAUGAUGAUGAUGAUGAUUAUUAUUAUUGGCAUGCUCAAGAAAUGUUUCGCAGCUGUUUGGUGCCAUGUCUCAUUAAUGAUGAAGCUCAAUUUACUGGUUUCUGUUGUCACAUGAUCACAGGACAAUCAGCUGGCUUCAGUGCAAAGCCUCAUUGUGAGAGUGAAUCUAGUUGCACUGUACUUUUUCAUGUCGUUGUGUGUGUGUGUGUGUGUGUGUGUGUGUGUGUGUGUGUGUGUGUGUGUGUUCAUUGUAUUUUUGUUUUUUUAUUGAUUGUAUUUAUUUUAUUUUUGACAUCGCCAAACAUUUCCAGUGGUAAUGAUUUUAACUGCUGCUUUACUCAUCUCUUGUCAAGUGUCCUACUGUACAAACAUCCUCUUCUUUUUGUUCUUUUUAUGCUAGUAAUAUUUAUUAAUGCUCUUUGAUGUGCUUGUAGCAUAUUAAAGCAUUUUAAUCAAACUGUAGCAUCAGCAAGGCAGGCUUAUCAGUCAGUUUUCCUAAAUAUAUCAUUUUAAUUAUACAUAUGCAGUAAAUAUACCUAAUCAAAUGUGUUAUGUAUGAUAUUGAAGCCUUUUGAAACUACCCCUUUUUCAUUGAUUUAUUUAAGACUCAUUCUGUUGCCAAGAUGAUGUUGUUUUUUUUAAAUUAGUAGUUCAUAUUUUUUUAAUUGUCUCCAUUCACUACAUUGUUUCUCAUUUCUCUCUGUUUACAUACAUGUAUUUAUUGUGCUGUACAGUACAUAUUGUUGCUCUUAUCAUGUUGUUGUAAAUGAUUAUAUCAUCCCUUUUGGUGAUGGUGUUGUAUUAUGGAACUCUUACUGAGAGAAUGUUUGUUAUUCUUAGUAUGUAAUGAUCCCAUUGAUAUGUGUCUCUAGAGAGAUUGCGUAGAGAAAGGGGAAAGCCAAAUUAUAGUCAUUACUGUGUUUAUUUUUCAUUCUUUCUUUUUUAAAGAAAGUGGUUCCGUGGCCUGAGGGUUGUGCCUUACAGAUAGCUCUUUAGUUUUUAUCCUCUUGCUGCACUAAAGAAACUACUGGCUGGAAACUGACCUAGAUGUGUUUGUCGUGUUCCUCCUGUUUAUGUGGCAUAAAUGCUCCAAGGAAAGAAAGAAAAAAAUAGACAAAAGUUGUCAGACCUCAUUGGACAGGGUAAAAGCAGGCCAGUGUGGUGGGUUUGGAUUUGCGACCAACUGUAAGUCCAUCAUAUUUUCGUCUAUGCUGUGUUCAUCUGAUUGAAACAUUCAAAAACAUUUGCGUUUCAUGCAAUAUGAGAGAGAACAUCUUUCUGUUGGGGGACAACAGGGCAUUUUGAUUUCCAGAUCCAGAGAGGGGUUAGAGCAUCCUUCACAAAAAACCCUAAAAGCUCAAUUUGGGACUCAUUUUGACACAUAUACUGUAGAUUCUUUAUGACCCUAAAUGGAUGAAAUCAGUGUGUCCUUCUCGUCUCUUUUUAAAUCAUGAGAGAAAUACACAAACAAAAUUUGACAUGAUAUUUAGGGAUUUAACUUUUUUUUUUUUUCCAAUGUGAAUUGAAUGAGAAAAUUGUCUGGAGGUUUCACAAGACUGUGUAGUUGUUUAUUGGACUCCUUGUUUAUCGCAGUCUAUUGGAUAGAACUGUAGAAAUCAAAUUUACGUACGAAAACUGGUAAAAUCCAAUAAAAAAUGUUUUUUAUAUGCACCAAAAUAAAAGCAUGGGUUGACUCUA